CCUCCAACCUCAUCACAAACAAGAUAAGAAAGCAGCAGAGCAACUCCAAGAUGUCGGACUCACCGAACUUGGCGGUGCUCAAAGCGCUUGACACUGCCCGCACGCAAUGGUACCACAUAACUGCUAUUGUGAUCGCCGGCAUGGGCUUCUUCACUGACGCCUAUGACCUCUUCUGCAUCUCCACUGUCUCCAAGCUCCUCGGCCGCCUCUACUACUCAGUACCAGGCGACUCAAAGUUAGGAAAGCUCCCAAAAGACGUGAACAAUGCUGUCGUGGGGGUGGCUCUGGUUGGCACUCUCAUGGGACAACUAGUUUUUGGCUGGUUGGGUGACAAGCUCGGCAGGAAGAAGGUAUAUGGUAUCACUCUCAUCUUGAUGGUCAUAUGUGCUUUAUCCUCAGGCCUUUCCUUUGGAACCACACCCAAGGCAGUCAUGGGUACUCUAUGCUUCUUUCGGUUCUGGCUCGGCUUCGGUAUCGGCGGUGAUUACCCUCUUUCGGCCACUAUCAUGUCUGAGUAUGCAAACAAGAAGACUCGUGGUGCGUUCAUCGCUGCAGUAUUCGCCAUGCAAGGCGUUGGAAUCAUCUUUGCAGGGUUUGUCUCCAUGAUCCUCUCCGGCGUUUUCCUUCACUACUAUCCUGCCCCUAAGUUCUCUGAAGAUCCAUGGAGAUCAACACAAAGACAGGCUGACUUUCUCUGGAGGAUUGUUCUCAUGCUUGGUGCUAUGCCGGCGAUUGUCACCUUCUACUGGAGAAUGAAAAUGCCGGAGACGGGCAGGUACACAGCCAUCAUUGCUGGUAAUGCUAAACAAGCAGCUCUCGACAUGGGGAAGGUGAUGGAUGUUGAGAUUGAAGCUGAGCAAGAGAAGGUGGCGCAGUUCAAGACUUCAAACGAUUACACUCUAUGGUCAGCUGAGUUCUUUCGCCGCCAUGGCAUGCACUUAAUAGGAACCAUGACCACUUGGUUCCUCCUUGACAUCGCAUUCUAUAGCCAGAACCUGACACAAAAAGAUAUCUUUCCAGCCAUUCAUCUCACCAGUGCUGCUACUGAGGUGAAUGCACUGCAAGAAGUAUAUGAGACCUCACGAGCCAUGUUCAUUGUUGCACUCUUUGGGACCUUCCCUGGCUACUGGUUCACCGUGGUACUCAUUGAGAAGAUGGGGAGGCAUCUCAUUCAACUCAUUGGUUUCUUCAUGAUGUCAGUGUUCAUGUUGAUAAUGGGGCUCAAGUAUGACUAUUUGAAGAAGGAGAGUCCUAAGCUUUUUGCUAUGUUGUAUGGAUUGACCUUCUUCUUCGCCAACUUUGGACCUAAUAGCACCACCUUUGUUUUACCGGCGGAGUUGUUUCCGACGAGAGUGAGGUCGACGUGCCAUGCAUUGAGUGCAGCGGCGGGGAAGGCUGGGGCCAUAGUUGGAGCUUUCUUUGUGCAGAGUUACACGUUGAAUGGGACGUCCAAGUCAAUCAAAGGAGCCCUUAUAGGGCUUGCAUUCACUAACAUUCUGGGCUUCUUUUGCUCCUUCUUGGUGACUGAGACCAAGGGGAGAUCACUGGAGGAGAUUUCAGGGGAGGAUGGGAGAAUGGAAGCUCAUGCUAAAGGUGGUGCAGGUAAUGAGAGUGCUGUUUAUUAGGGUUCAUAUAUGCAUUGCAUGCUAUUAUUAUAUACUAUGUUGUUUUAUUAGUUUAUAUGUGUGUCAUGUUAUAUUACUUGUCAUAGAAUAAGUGGCACAUAUAGUAGUAAUUAACACAGUGUCAGUACUGUGUGCAUGUGCUCUUUGUUUGGUUUUGUGUACGUUUUCUAAGUUUAAAGAUAAGAAGAAAUGUAAGUGAGUUCAUAUGAACCUUAUCUAUGUAUUUUCCCUGUUAUAUGUUAUGUGAUUUGUAAUA